AUGCCUCUGUUUAGCCACUAUGGGGAUCACCCGGACAGCUCUGCUCGGCUGUCCUAUCCGUCGCUGGUCUUUGCCAUCGUCACUCCUCUCGUGGUGAUCGCAAGACUGCUCGGUCGCCGGUUCCUUUCCGGCCGCGUUGGCGCAGACGACUGGACUAUACUGGUAUCUUGUGCUUUUGCAGUAACGGUUUCAAUCCAGAUGAUCAUCGUCUGCGAAUGGGCAUUUGGCAAGCAUCAACAUGAGAUGCCCAAGGAAUUGGUUCUCAGAACGUUGAAGCUCUACUUCGUGGCCCAGAUUCUCUACAAAAUCAACAUCGGCUUGACCAAGAUCAGCAUCCUACUCCUGUACAUCCGGCUGUUCGUCCAUCGCUGGUUCCUCACGACCUGCUGGGUGUGGAUCGGCAUCAUCGUCUCCUUUACUAUCGGCACCGUCUUCUCCAGCAUCUUCCAGUGCACCCCGGUACAAUGGGCCUUCAACAAAUCCAUCCCCGGCGGCGGCACCUGCAUCAACAUGACGGCCUUCUGGUACGCCAACGCGGCGUUCAACAUCCUCAGCGACCUGGUCCUGAUUGCCCUCCCCGUCCCCGUGGUCGUUAAUCUGCAGCUCCCGCUCAAGUCCAAGGUCGCCCUCUGCGGCAUCUUCGCCGUGGGCAUCUUUACCUGCAUCACCUCCAUCCUGCGCAUCACAACGCUCAACGUCGCCACCAACCACCUCGACACAACCUGGAACAGCAUCGGCUCGUCCAUGUGGACCGUCAUCGAAUCCAACCUCGGCAUCAUCUGCGCCUGUCUCCCCGCGCUGCGCCGGCCGCUCUCCUUCUUCUUCCCCCGGCUCUUCAGCAGACUCCACAAGAGCUCCGCGGGCCCGGCGUCGCUCGGGAAUCGGUCGCUGCCGGUUGACGCGACCCCGAAGAAAGUCGACGGUUGGAGCGUGCUGGAUGAGGGCGGGUCGGCGGACGCGAUAGUCUCUGCGGCUGAUGGGCAGGACAGGGCGCAAGAGAGGAUGCACCCGGUCACGAACUCUCCGGGGCGGGGGGAGAUCAGAAAGACCACCCGGGUUGUGGUGCGGUAUGAAGAGAUGGAAAGGGAGAUUGAGUUGGGCCACUUCUUCGAGGCUCGGAUUCUCUAUCUGGCCUGGACUGAAUUUUUUACCAACUUCGUGGCGCUACAAGGACAUGGGUCUGGGACGGUGCACAAUGCCAUGUACGGUCUCAGUCGACAUUCAUGGCCUGGGCUUCGGGAGGGCGCAAGGGUUUUCAAACAGAACGGCUCGAUCAGCGCGGUGUGGCAGCUAAAGAUUGUGAUUCAUAUAGACCCGAUGAUGGGCUUUCGCCUCGAUGAUCUGCUGGUCACAACUCCUGAUGAGUACCUACUUGGCCGCCAAUUCGCGUCGAGGCUCUUGCGGCCAGAACUCGCCCUUUCCUCACGCGAACAAGGCUCGGGGGCUGCCACCUCGCUCAACGCAUUUCCCGAGUCCGAGCUGGUGCUGGUCUGUGAAAGAGUCCCUUCUAGGGAUAAUCGUCUCUCCUGCGUUUCUGUCUCCGAUCGAUUGACUGGCUCAGGGCUGGAAACUUCACUGAGUGCGGUCAUGGAAUCCUCCGAGUCAGAAGUGGAAUCUUCUGCUGAUUGGUUUUGGUUGCGGGUGCGAUUUAGAUGCAGAUUGUCGUUGAUCCGUCUCAGCCGCGAUGCCAUCAAACGGGGUCGAGGUGCUGUUGUGCCGUCUUUAAGGAACGAGGCAGUAACAAGCAUUGCAAAUCCACGAACCGGCGAGGCUUAUUUCCAUGCGCAGAUGUACGCUCAGGGCGACUAUUUCCAAAUCAGUGCUCUCAAAUGCAAGGCAAAGCAGUACUUCGAGGAGUCCUUCAUGACGUACCCUGAUCGAGAUUCUUUCACCUCUGCCGUCAUUGAAGUAUACAUCUCAACAGCGGAGAAUGAUCGUGGACUCAGAGACAUUCUUGGAGGGUGUUCCCAGCUUCAUGCUUGA